GGCCUGACCAGUGUCACAUAGAGGGGAAGGAUCACCUCCCUGGACCUGCUUGUGAUGCCUCUGUAGAUGCACAACAAGGUGCGGUUAGCCUUACUGACCGCUUCCUCGCAUUGGCGACUCAUAUCCAUCCUGGAGUCAACAAUGACUCCAAGAUCCCUUUCAGCCACUGUGUUGUUGAGAAGGGUGUCCCCCAGCCUAUAGGUGUGUUGGUGGUUCCUUCUCCCUAGAUGCAGUACCCUGCACUUGUCUGCGUUGAAUUCCAUCCUAUUCUCAUCUGCCCACCUCUGUAACCUGUCUAGAUCUAGCUGGAUUCUGUCCCUCCCCUCCAGUGUGCCCACUUCUCCCCACAUCUUUAUGUCAUCAGCGAAUUUGGACAGCUUGCUUUCCACGCCCACCUCCAAGUCACUGAUGAAGAUGUUGAAUAGCACAGGCCCGAGGACUGAGCCCUGGGGAACUCCACUGCCCACUUCCCUCCAGGUCGAAAACAACCCAUUCACCACCACUCUCUGGGUGUAACCACAGAGCCAAUUUGCCACCCAUCUGACUGUGUAGGCAUCAAUGCCACAGUUGCCUAAUUUUUUUAUGAGAAUGAGGUGAGAAACAGUGUCAAAGGCCUUCUUGAAGUCCAGAUAGAUGACAUCCACCUCAAUGCCCGCAUCUAAGGACUUGAUAAGUGACCUGGUCAUGAAAGGAAACAAGGUUAGUCAGGCAGGAUCUGCCCGCAAUGAACCUGUGUUAGUUGCUCCUGAGCAUUACCUCCCAUGCUGGGCCCCUGCAGAUAUAUUCCUUGAUAAUUUUCUCAAAGGUCUUCCCAAGGACCGAGGUGAGACUAAAUUGCCUAUAGAUACCUGGGUCCUCCUUCCUCCCCUUCUUGUAAAUGGGGACCACAUUGGCCCUUUUCCAGUCCUCUGGGACAUGGCCAGAGCACCAUGAGUGCUCAUACAGCCAUGCCGGGGCCCUGCUAUGACCCCCACCAAUUCCCACAGUACCCUUGGAUGAAGAGCACCUGGACCUACUGAUUUAUACAUGUCCAGCCCCUCCAGGAGCUCCCUAACUAGAUCGUUCCUGACCCUAGGCAUGGUGUCGUGUCCCCUGAGACUGUCCAUAAUCCUAGUGGGGGAGUUGUCCUGGUCCCUGCUCAGAAAUAUGGAGGCAAAGAACUUGUUGGAGAGAUCAGCUUUUUCCUUUGCUGCAAUCACCAGAUUGCCAAGCCUAUCCUGUAGGGGCCCCACAUUACCUGCUGCCUUCUUCUUACUUAACAAAGAACUAUUUGUUAUCCUUAAUUCUGGUCACUAGCCCUAGUUCCGUCUCUGCCUUGGCCUUCCUAACCGCCUCCCUACAAUCACAAGCAAAGGAGGUAUAAUCCUCUUUGGUGAUUGCCCCUUGCUUCCACUGAUUGUAUGCCAUCUUUUUUGCUCUCAGGCCCUCCUGGAUGCCUUUACUGAGCCAUGUGAGCAUUCAGACCUGGCUGACGGCUCCUCCCAGCAGAUGUCUGGGUAGUUUAGGUCACUCAUGACAACCACAUCCUUGUCCUUAAAGCCUCUAUGAGCUGACCUGAAAAUUCCAGGUCCAGCUCAUCCCGCUGGUGAGGUGGUCUGUCGUAGACGCCCACUAUCAAGUCCCUUUCCCCAUGUCCCCAGAGCGCCUCAGUUUGCCUCUCUUCUGAACCCAUCCUGAUCAUCGAGGAUGUGUACUGCUCAUUAACAUAGCGAACUACAGCCCCAUCUUUUCUCCCUACUCUAUCUCGUCUAUACAACCUAUAGCCUUUGAUGUCUACUGCCCAGUCAGGGGUAGAAUCCCACCAGGUUUCUGUAAGCCCAACCAGGUCUGGGUUUUUGCUAGCUAGGUAAGGAGGUUGGAACUUAUUGAACAGGUGGCAGAGACUAGGCUAGGCAAAGGGACUACUUCUGGGAUGCAGGAAGAGAAAUAUGAAGGAAACAGGGAACAAGUGUAGGGUGAAGAAAUGAGAUCAGAGGAGACAUUAGGGGAAGACUGGGAUAGGAAGUGGUGGGGUGAGGACGUAGAAGAUCUGAUAAGGAGCAAGAUUGUGAAGGAGAAGCUAGAUUGGUUAAGAGCAUAGCCACUGAGCUGAAGACCCAUGGAGGCAAGGAUAUUGGGGCUGGAUGAGGAGAGAGAGACUGGGACUGGAAGUUAAUAAGGACAGGAAAUAUAGAGGACAGCAACCUGAGGCCAGAGAGGGAAUAGAGGCACUGGUCAGGGAAUGGAGGGACGGAAAGAACUGCUUGGGUAAGGAAAUUUGGAACAAGGAGCUGAGAUAGGAUGAGAUAGAUUGGGAACACCUGGACAAGAUGACUGGAAGCAGAAAAGGUAGGAAGACUGGGACUGGGAUUGGGGAGACUGGUCCUAGUGCAGCUAGUCUGGAUGGGAAGACUGGGAUUUAUUGGAAAGACAACCUGGACUGGAAUUAUAUAUCUGAAGAGUACAGAGUAAAAUUACAUUAGGAGAAUGGGACUGGAAUAAGGCAGCAUUAGUAGGGAAAGGAAAGGUCCAUGACAGGGACAGGUGGAAGAGAUGGAGCAGAAGGAUCAAACUUGGGAGUAUGGGUAGAAUAGUCCAUGUGCCAAACAAAUCACACACCUGUCCAGAGUAUGUAAUCACAUAGCUGAUUCCUGUAUUAAAAUAAACAUGCACAAGGGAUUGAAAUUAAGAUUGCACAGACAUCCUUGAUUCUGGCAAAGUUUUAAACAUUUGGCUUUGCAACCUUAAAAGUGUUAUCUUAACAUAAUUGAUUUGUGUGUGAUGAUAAAAAGGUAAAAUUCACACUUUUGGAGGAAACACUUGACCAAGGUCCUGGUUCAAGCACUGCCCUAGGACCCAGCUUUAGUUCCUCUGCUGCUACAAACCUUGGUCAUGUCUCUUGGCCUUCAGGAAUCUCUCUUCCCAUCCGUACAACAGAAAGAAUAACCCAGCUUUGCCAUAACUGGAGGCUGGGAUGGGAAAAAAAAACAUUACAAAUUGUGAGGUGCUCAGAUACUGAGGGAAUGGGGGACAUAAAUAUCCAAGAGACUGCAAUGUGGAGCUGUAAUUGGUAUUUCAUAUAAGCUGGGGAGGGGGGAGUGGGAAGGCAAACAUGAGACCUAAUGUAAAGGGAAGAAUCAAAAGCGGCAAGGGUGUUCCUUUUAUUGCCUGUUACCAUGCAUCUGUCUGUUUGUAUCAUAAGGCUAAUAAGGCCAGAUGUGAUUUGACAAUCUCACCUUUAUACCACUUUCACAAAGACGUUUUUGCAUUGCAUUCAGUAUCUCACUGGAAUCACUUACUGAAACAGUUUACAUAAAAGACCAUGCACAAAAUCCAUGUGUUGCAGAGAUGGGACCCCACCCACUUCCCUCACGCUGCAUCCUGGAAGUCCUGUAAUGCUGAGAAUCCUGCUGGCACGUGCUGCUCUUUGCCAUGGGACUUUCUCUAAUCUUACUAAAGAUCAAGUGCCAAAGGGUUAAUUAACAUUCCUGACCCCACUUGCUGGCUUCCGGCAUGGAAGGCCAUAAUGGAGCAGGAUGUGUGCACAGAACACAGACCACAAGAGGGCAUCAGUGCUGCAUAGCAGGGCUGAUCCAGCCAUCCAAACUAAAGGAUCUUCUCUAAAGCAGUCUGGAGCUUAGUGUGUUCAGCAGCAGGGAGGAGGAACUGUGUUGGCUGCUACAACUCCGCUCCCAGGGCACUAGAGAGGCUCAGAGCUGAACCUCCAUAAGAGUCUUUAGACAGGGAGAGAAAGGAAGGGAUUCCAGUAUCCGCUGGCAUAGCUCCAGCUUCAGAGAGAGAAGAGGUAGUGGAGAUGCAAUAUAAACCCAUACAAAGAGGCAGCUGCUGCUGAUCUAGGACUGGGAUACUCAGUGAUUCUCCCGGGAUAACAAGCACAAAUGGAAAACUCAGUAUUUCCACAGAGACUUCCCUUUCAUCCUCGUCCCCCAACAGAGGAGAGCACAGUGAUUGGGAACACGGACACUGUGCGCUGCUGGGAAUGCUUCUGGGAGUUCUGGAACUACGAGACCCCCAAGGUGAUUGUAGUGAAGAACCACAACCUUGGCAUCCUCUACAGGGCGAUGCAGCUUCUCAUCCUGAUCUACUUCAUCUGGUAUGUGUUCAUCAUCCAGAAGGGAUACCAAGAGAGUGAGACAGGCCCUGAGAGUUCAAUCAUCACCAAGGUUAAGGGCAUCACCCACUCACAUGACAAGGUGUGGGACGUGGAGGAGUAUGUCAAACCACCUGAGGGUGGCAGUGUGUUUAGCAUCAUUACACGGGUUGAAGUUACACACUCCCAGACCCUGAAGACCUGUCCUGAGAGCAUGGCAGUCCCUAAUGCUACUUGCAUCUCCGACAGUGACUGUAUAGCUGGGAAGAUGGACAUGCUUGGGAAUGGAGAGAGGACUGGGCGCUGCAUUCCGCAUUACAGUGGGACUGUGAAGACCUGUGAGAUCUUAGCCUGGUGCCCAGUAGAAAAUGGAGGAGCCAUCAGUGACUCCCUGGGGAAGAUGGCUCCACAGUUCACCAUCCUGAUCAAGAACAGCAUUCACUUUCCCCGCUUUGGAUUCUCCAAAGGGAACAUUAAGGAUGAUAAGAAUGGCUACCUGAAACGAUGCACCUUCAAUGAGACCUCUGACCUUUACUGCCCCAUCUUUCGGCUGGGCUUCAUUGCGGAGCAGGCAGGAGAGAACUUCACGGAGCUGGCUGAGAAGGGUGGUGUCAUCGGGGUGAUCAUAAAUUGGAACUGCAACCUGGACCUGCCUGACUCGGCAUGUAACCCCAGAUACUCUUUUCAGAGACUUGAUCCUAAAACGAUUCAGGAAUCUUCUGGCUACAACUACAGGUUUGCCAAGUAUUUCAACUGUAAUGGGACAAACACACGGAUCCUGAUCAAGGCAUAUGGGAUCCGCAUUGAUGUCAUUGUACAUGGCCAGGCAGGGAAGUUCAGCCUGAUCCCUACAAUCAUUAAUCUGGCCACGGCCCUGACCUCUGUGGGAGUGGGCUCUUUCCUUUGCGACUGGAUCUUAUUGACCUUCAUGAACAAGAACAAGGUGUACAGCACUAGGAAAUUUGACCAGAUUUCUCAGUGUUGGGAUGGAAACUCAGUGCCAGAAUCCAGUAUCAAGAAUUGUUCCACACAGGACUUUUCACUUGGUGACCCCAAUGGCCCCAUUCAGUUCUGAGGGCCUACAUCUCUUCCCAUCCUGCUGCUCCAACUGGACUAGGCAUUACAUAUGUGGCCAGUAGGCAAGUUGUGUCUACCCUGUAAGAGUUAGUGCUUGGCUGCCCACAAAGCUAAUGCGGGGGAGGAGGGCAGGGGGUACGGAUGAAGCAGGAGACCUUCUGCACACCAGAUUUCAUUCUGUAGGUGUCAGAGCUUCCAAAGAGCUUCAGCCUCUGCAGUAACCUGGAAGUCUCUCAAAAGGCUGGUGGCUGAGUGAGCCCAGGUGCAUGGGACUAGGAUAUCUGUAUCUUCCAUUGAAGAAUUCCCUAACUCUUCACAUUCAUCCUAAAAUCUCUGCAUACACCCUGAGGUACUGUCAGCUACAGCUAGCACAUGCUAAGGAAAAGAAUAUUUAAGGGCAUGUGCAGUCAUCCGUUCUCUGCCUCUCCAGCAUCCCACCCCCCUCCAAUCUGUUAACACCUGCCACUUAGCCUAUUGGAUACAUUCAUAGCAUACCAGCUGCAGGUAGCAGGAGCCCAGUAAUGUUUGCAGAAGAUAUUGUUUCCUCCUCCUCCCCAGCCAACUCUAGAUGUUCCUCUCCCAGAGGAUAUAUCCACUUUUAGGUCCUACCUGCUGAGAAGGAAGGGAAACAGCAGCCGUCACAUGGUGGUCACUGUCUUCUCUUGGGGGAUUGUUAAUUCCCUUCCACUCCCUUACAAAGGGAAUCCCCUCUGCUCUUCUCCUCUGGGCUCCUCUUUCCCCUAUGGCCUCAACCCACUUUAACCCUGUUCUUUCAGUCUGCUCACACUGUGUAAAAAAACCCCCCAGAAAAAACACCUUCUUUCUUCUCCCUCAGUUGCAGCACUCUCCAGGACCCUGCCAGGCUUAUUUGUGAUCUCCAACAAAGACACACACUUAAGACAGUUGUCAGAGAAUGAUCAGCAUGCAUCGUUCUCUCCAGGACUGAAACAGUAACAGUGUUGAUAGACUUAAGUUGGCUCUAGCAUUAAUACCCCAUGGAGAUAAUGAGAACACUCUACUUCUUAGGUUGUUGUUUCAGGCUCUCUACAGACCACUGUCGAUCACACUUGGAUGCUUUGAAGAGGUGUGUCACAAUGGGAAAGAGACAGAGAUUUUUUCUAGUGCUUGAGACCUGGGGGUCAGCUACCUGAGACAGCUAUAUUUCCAGAAUCACUGAACAACCUUGCUGUGCUAAAUUAGUCCCAUGGGACAGUUUUGCAUGGGAAGGAGGGAGGGGCCUUCAGCAACUUUGACAGGACAUGCUGAAGGAGCCCUUUGUCUUUGCACCGUGCCUUGACAGCUGUAUCUGACUGGGAAGUGUAGCAAGAGUCUUGGCAUGCAAUAGCAAAGUGGUCAAGCUAGAGAUAUGAGAGGACCAUGCAUUAGAACAUUUGGUGAUGGUUGCAGGGAAGCAUAUGCCAAUUGCUUCAAGGGCUUUAUGACCAAGGUGGCAGAACUUCUUAACAAUUGGACAGGGACUCCUAGUAAUUUGAUUAUAGUUGCUUUUAAAAGUACACAUUGCCAUGUCUCCUAAUUGGCUUGAUAAUGAGCGCAUGGCAGCCAUGCAGACAGUUACUGUCACCAGCUCUCGUCUUCAGCCUGGCACCAUCUCCUAACCUGAAAAGUGGAGAGAACUUUUUCACAAAUAUUGUAAUGGCCCCUGUCUCAACCCUGCUUGGGAGUCUUAACAAGAGACUCCUUGUCCAGGGGUCAGCUCCUCCAUCUCUGGUACUUUUUCCCAUCUCCAGUCACUCUUUCACCAUCCUCCACCUCCACUCACAUGGUGUUCUAGCCAGCACUGCUGGUGCAACAAAGAGCUUCACAGACCAUGUUCACUAAGUCAAUUAGAAAGAGGCAUUUGGAAGUAAUUGAGUAAGUGCAAAGUGUGUUUCUGAGCGUAAUUGGAUUUUCUGGCUCUCCUGUUUCUGCAGAAAAUCCUAGAGCAUUCAGUUUCUCACCAGUUUCUUUCUAGCCCCAACACCCUGUUUGAAGUGUGCACCAACCACAGCUGCUUAAAUCCAACAGGCUGUCUAGGCACCUGUGACUUGGAACCAGGCUGUGUGUUUCAAGAGGGCUGGCCCCCUCCAAAGACAGUCAUUGCCAAGGGGUGGGGGAGGCUCACAGUUGAGUUGAGAAGGGGUCCUACACCAGUUACAGAUGUGAGAUGGGAAACAGAAAGGAAGGAUAAGGAGAGGGCGUUUCACCUGUUCAGAGGUUUGGGGCACUAGAGAGAGCAAGCAGAUAAGGGCUUUGUACCAAAGAGCUACUUGUGGCUGCUCAGAACAAACACCCCAGAGAGGGGCAGGAGCAGCAGCCAAGUAACCGCAGAGCUUAGCAGGGGAGUAUUUUAGCAAAGUGGGUCAUUUUAGCUAAAAGCAAGCCAAGAAACCACUAGCUUUGCCAUGCUCUUAACUGUAUCCCCCACUACAUAUACUUUCUGGCAAUGGUAAUAAAUGCUAAGAGCCUGUUAGUGUCUGUGGAGGAGGUAAAGGAACCUCAGCACCUACAUUCCCUUGGUAUCAGGGAGGACUUGUGGACAAGGUCCCAGUAGUUAGGGCUUUAGGACCCCCUUAAACUGCCUCAGAAGCUGGUAGGUGCUAGCACCAGCUGAGAGGAAGUAGGAUAGGGCAGCAUGCUCCCUGUAUGUAGUUCAGUUUUGCCCCAAGUUCCCUCAUGCCAAGUACUCGGGAUUUAAGGGAAACAUCACAAGGCUUGGAAUAGAAAUAUGAAAGCUGGCAUCACUGGGUGCAGCCCGCUGCAACCCAGCUUUCUUCCAUCCAAGCCACAAAGGUCUCAUGCCCCCACAAGUAAGAGUAGGGCAGCCGUCUUUAUUGCUGCUUAUGUUAGUAUCUGAACAACUCCCAGGAACCCAGUAACAAAGCCGGGUGCAGCCCCUUGCUUUCUUAGAACUGCAAUCUGCAUAACCCUUCUGCCUGCGCAGAAGGACAUGACCACACCAGCCGCAGCUAUGGGCAAGCGAAAUGGAAGUAUUAGUACUGCUAAGCAGGCAUUCCUAGCCUGGCUCCCCCUCCCAGAACGUGCUGGUCUCCUGCAGCACAAACGGAACAUGAUCUGAGCUGUCAGCCCUUCAGACUGCAUUAUCUGACAUGACAGAGACAGUGGGGAGUUAAUGAGCUAACAGGGAUGAUUUAAUCCUUGAGGAGCUUGUAAAUUGUACCCUUCACCCCAGCCAGUGAAGGGCUUCCCUCCCCUCCUUCCCCCAUUUCCCAGAACAGAGCUGCCAAUUCCUCCCAGUAGGGCUGGGCAGAUGAUGUACUAAUUCAAUUCUGUUGCUCUGUGAUCCUAUUAGAGUCACAUUUCCCUGCACCUUUAGAACAGCUCAAGUUCUCUAAUUCCUUCCUGGGGAGAUGAGGAGCUGCACUGGGCAUUUUGCCCAGUGCAGACCCAACAUCCUGCCCCUUCCCACACCACACCACUAAUUCCCUUUUAUUCACAGGGUCCCAUCCUGCAGCCACUGACAAUGAGGGGAUCAUGCACAAGUUGCCAGGCAAAGGCCCCACCAUUGACUUUCACCUGUUUCUUGUUCACU